ACAAUCCAUGACGGAACCCCCAGUGUAAGGUUGACCAUACAGGACAUGGACUGUUAUGGUAAAUGCGAUCAUGAUUCGGCGUUGGGGCCUUGAGUAGGGAUCGCGUCACAUCGUGACACGCCCACCCGUUGUCAUCCUAUACACGACAUCCUCUCGCUUAUUUUCUCCCUUGUACCUCUCCGUCACAUGCACCUCGACGCGUCGACGCGCCCGACCAGGAUGUACCGAAAUCUACAGAGCUUAUAAUCAGUAAUGCAUGUUGACCUCUCAGACUUUGUAUUGAGAGGAUUGAGGAAUGAGAACGAGUUGGUUAACAAGUGCGAGCAGACAGCUACACUAUAGCUACUGUACUAUUUAUCCUUACACUCCCCAGGUGAGUCUUGAGGUCCCACCCUCUCGGUACCCAUCACUGACAUCUUUUUCCAGGUCUUGUAGAAUGGGAUCUCUCCGGCUCCACACUGACGAGACUCGAAAGUGUCGACAAUUUUGCAGUUAAGUUAGCUGGAAUGCAUAUGUGUGUUGAGACGUUUGUUGUCCUUUGGCUCAUUUUAAAUUUACACGUAAUUAGUAGAAAAUGUUUCUUAACCUGUCGUUCGCAUUUAUGGCCAACGAUACAGGUGGAGUGUGUAUAGAAAACCUCUCGAAAAGGCUCGAUUUGGCGGCAUGAGCUCGCUGUCAUCAACGAUGAACGCACGGCCCAUCAACGAUGAGCACGCUUAUGAGGUGGACCAAUGGUCUCAAGCCCGCGGUAGUAAGCCUGUAUCAGUCAUGAAGUCACGGAGUGCCAGGACCCCGAGCACAAGGACGAUCUCCCAUCAUGAUAUAGACCAUGUCCUGUAUGGUCAACCGUACCCAGUGGAACUUCAACCCCUCUCUCGUCCUUUCCUUGGCUGUUUAAGGGACGACGACCAUCAUUUCAAGGAGAGCUUCGGAACAUCCUGAGCGGACGUCCGGGCCCGA